AUGUCAAACCAGCAAUUCUAUCUUCUAGGUGAAUCGGUGGCGUCCGCGAAGGACAUCACCAUCGAGGCGACUCUAGAUUUAGACCAACUCAAACAACUCGUGGCAGCUUACUUUGCCAUUGUCGAUCCAAGCGGGAUCGGGUUCCAAACCGAGAAUGACUGUCUGUCGGAUGUCUCUGACGUCCUUGCUGCGAAAGGACCUGUAGCAAUUUCAAUCGAUGGACAUGCCGUACGGGAGCCCGGGGGCCCCAGAGGCCUACCCUUUGUAGGGAACCAUUUCGAGGUGUAUCCCGAUCAUCUUGGCAAUCACCAGCGGCUCUUCGACCAGUAUGGACCGAUCUUCAAAACAACAAAUCUGGGCCGUACGACAUACCAGACAAACGAUCCGCAGAUAUCGGCCAUCGUAUUUGCCGAGUCGGACUUCUUCUCGAAAAUAAUCAGUGACGCUCACCCCCUCUCUGCGCUGAAAACCCCUUCCGCAGGUGUCUUUCUCGGGGACACGGAUACCCCGGAGUGGAAGGCGGCUCACAAAUUCUUGCCUCCUGCUUUGGGUCCCAAGGCAGUACGCCACUAUGCCCCGACUAUGCAGAGAGCUGUGGAGGACUCGUUCAGGGUGUUUGACGCUUUAGAUGAACAAGAGGAGGCGUGGAACGUCUACCAGUAUAUGCUGAAGCUAGGCUCACAGGCAGUGGGCGAGCUCACGCUUGGGAUUGAUUUCAAGCACUUUACUUCACCUGAUGCGCCGGUGCAUGAGAUGGUCCACUCCAUUGCGGAAAUGCUUUCCCUCAACAAGAAAGUCACAUCGAAAGGCGACUGGUACGGCAUGUUACCAUUUGGGGAUCCACAGCGGUUGAGGAACCUGAAAGCAAGAAUCGAGGAAAUGGUAGAUGAAUCCAUUCAAAACGCAGAACGGGCUGGAAUUAGCGAUUUGCCUUUGCAAGAUGCAGCGCUGCUGUCUUCUAACAUGGUCGAUUACGCUCUUCGAGCCACCGACAACAAGGGUGAAAAACUGCCCAAGUCAAGUCUCGUUUGGGCUCUCGUAGUCGCAACAGCGGCUGGAUUCACGACGACCAGUUCUCUCCUUUCCUGGCUAAUCUACGGCCUCGUCACCUACCCGGGGAUGCAGGAGCGGUUGCUCCAGGAACUGGUCGACAACGACAUCACUGAAGACACCGAGCUCACCGCUGAAUUGACCGAGAAGCUGCUCUUCCAAGAUAAAUACAUCAAGGAGAUGCAACGGCGACACAACCCCUCAUUCCAGCCGGGUCGAACCGCGAAAGUCGAUCUCGUCCUUCCUGGAGGUUACAAAAUCCCCAAGGAUGCAGUCAUCAUUCCCGCGCUCCACCACAUCCACAACAAUCCCAACCUCUGGGAUAACCCUACUCGCUUCAACCCCGACCGAUGGGACACCCCCGAGGUGAAGGCACGGCAUAAGGCAGCAUAUAUCCCCUUUGCAAUGGGCCCGCGUAUGUGCAUUGGAUUCAACUUUGCCCUGCAGGAGAUCAAGGUCUUUCUUCCGAAGUUGAUCUACCGCUAUCACUUCAGCCGGGAAGGCAAUGGGCCGAUUGAGUAUGAUCCGAUGUUCCAACUGAUCCGGCCCAACAACCUACUCACAAUGCGUCCAACCUGGUCCCCACCACACGACUACCAGAACCGUCCGGUUGCGGUUCUGGGCGCAGGAGUGCUUGGACGACGCAUAGGCUGCAUCUGGGCCUCAGCAGGAUACACUGUCCACCUCCGCGAUCCCAACCCCGAUCAACUCUCCGCCGGCAUCGCCUACAUCCAGGAAAACGUAGCCGCCUACGCCACCAAAACCGGCCGGUCUCCAGGCACCGCCCACUCCUUCACGGACCUGAAGGAGGCCGUCUCAACCGCCUGGCUGAUCAUCGAGGCGGUCCCGGAGAAACUCCCCCUCAAGAUCACCACCUUCGCCGAACUAUCAACUCUCGCCCCGACGGACAGCAUCCUCGCCUCCAACUCCUCGUCCUACAAGACGUCCGAAAUGCUCGAGCGGGUGCCCGAGACCGUCAAAUCUCGCAUCCUCAAUAUGCAUUACUACAUGCCUCCGCAGUGCAUGCUCGUUGAGUUGAUGACGGAUGGGUUCACCUGUGAGGAUAUCUUCCCGUUCCUGGUGGAGAGAUGUCGUGAGGGUGCGACUUCGCCGUACGUGGCGAGGAAGGAGUCCACGGGCUUCAUCUUUAAUCGGCUCUGGGCGGCAGUCAAACGCGAGGUUUUGACGAUUCUCUCUGAGGGGGUGUCUGUCCCGAAAGAGAUUGAUGCCAUGUGGGAAGAGAUGUUCAUUACUGGUCGGGUGAAGCCUUGUGAGAUGAUGGACAACGUCGGCCUCGAUACCGUCGCAUUCAUCGAACAGCACUACAUCCACGAACGUGGUCUCCCCGCCGACAAAACCGUCGACUAUCUAACAGCGAACUACCUCGACCACGGCAAACUCGGCUCCAAAUGCCCCCUCGGCGGCCUCUAUCCCCCUGCCAUUACCAACAACAACACCAGCAUCAACAGCAACAAGCGCCUCCUCAUCCUCGACAUCGGCCUCGCAUCCUCAACCGCCGCUACCUCCAUCUCCACCCCAGCCGGCCACAUCCUCUCCCUAACCCCCACCCCCACCUUCACCCCAAACAACACCCAAUUGCAAACCAUCCUCUCCAACCAACUCCUCCCCGACGGCAUCACCUACUCCCGUACCACCAACCGCAUCUACUGGACCUGCAUGGGCAUCCCCGCCCACCCCGACGGCGCCAUCUACUCCUCCACCCUGGAUGGGAAAGACAUCCGUUCCCUCCUCCCAAAAGGCACCCUGAACACCCCGAAACAAAUCACCCUCGACCCCACGACCCAGAAGCUCUACUUCUGUGACCGGGAAGGAUGCGCCGUGUACCGCUGUAACCUCGACGGCACGGACCUGACAUGUCUUGUCUCUCGCCACAAUCCCAAAGAAACAGCCGAAAACGGGACACCAACAUCCAACGCCCGGAACUGGUGCGUCGGCAUCGCCGUCUCCCCGCGCUGGAACAAAUUCUACUGGACGCAAAAGGGCGCGUCGAAGAGCGGCCAGGGACGGAUCUUCUGCGCGAGUCUUGACACGGCACACCCUAUUGAGGGCGAAGAAGGGGGCCAAUGCAUCCUGGAUGGAUUACCCGAGCCGAUUGAUCUCGAGGUCGACGAGGCGAGAGGGGAGCUGUACUGGACGGAUCGGGGGGAAUUGCCGUUGGGGAAUUCGUUGAAUCGGGUGAAAUUGGAUGCGGAGGGGGUGCCUGUGCGGGGUGCGAAAGUGGAGGUGUUGGUGAGGAAUUUGAAGGAGGCGAUUGGGGUGUGUUGUGAUCGGGAAACGGGGGAUUUCUAUUUGACGGAUUUGGGGGGGUGUGUGUAUCGGUGGAAUCGGGAUAGGAGGGAGAAGGUGAGGUUGUAUGAGGAGGAGGGGAGGGCAUUUACGGGGAUUGUUUGUGUUUGAGGGGUCAUGUACAGUUGUAG